CGAGGCCUAAAGCUAGGGCUCUUGGCUGGGAUGAAGCGGCGCGGAGGAGGAGCGUGAUCGAUCGCGAUGGCGUCGAUCCUUGCAUCAGCGAGGGUAAUAUCCCUUCCGGAUCGUCGGCAGCGGCGCAGGAUCGGCGCGCUUGCGUCCUGUGAUUGAUCCCAGGGUUGACAACAAGGUGCUGCCACUGUUGCGGUGGAAGAAUCGGUCACAUAUGCGGCACUGCCGUGUUGAUCUUCAACGGUAACUGUUCCAUGGCUGAUCUUUGAUCUUUGGCUCUACGCAGCGGCGGCAUUGCCUAGGGGCAUUCUUGGCUGAAUGUGUCAUCCCUUGGCCGCGACGAGGAUCGAUCGCCCCGACGGGCAGCGCUGCCGCUGAGAAAUAUUUUUGUUUCCCUGGCUAAAGAUCCUCCGGAUUCGUCUCCGCCCGUCCAGCCCAGGCUCCCUCGAUCCGGGAUGAGCGUUCUUGGGCGAUGAUGAUUCAGGUUCUCUAGGCAAUUCGGCGUCCUCGACCGGGAAGCGCUCGCUAUGGCUAUGGAUUCGGACAGAUGGUCGGAGGGGGAGCCUGGGGGCAGCAUGAGAUCAAGAACAUGGUCAAGUAUGAGAAGCAGGGAGGAGGGGCUCGUGUCCGUGGACGAAGUUGAGUCCCCAUUUCCAGGCCUCGAAGUGGAUUUGUCUGCCAGUGAUCUUCGAGAGACUGCCUAUGAAGUACUCGUAUGUGCGACUGUGGUGAACGAGGCCAUUAGUGCUGCUGCUGGUUCGAAGUCACCUGGAUCGCCACACUCGCCCGCUCACUUCGCGGUGCGCCGCCUCAAAAAGGCACUGACAAUCAAAUCGAGAAGAAGAGGAGGGGUGGAUUCGCAUUCCAGGGACCUCGACAUCGCAAGGUCCCAAAUGGAGAUCUCCGAGCGCAGGGAUGGACGCAUCAGGAAGGCACUCUCGAGAGCGGCUGAGCAUUCGGGAAAUCGUCUUGAAGCUCUGCUGGUUCCUCUGGAGCUCCUGGCCAACCUCAGCUCCUCCGAUUUUUCAAACUCCCAAGAGUACCGAAAGUGGCAGAAGCGUCAGCUGACGGUGCUUGAGGCUGGUCUUUUGGUUUAUCCGGCUAGAGUUCACGAGAGCUCUGAUGCUUUCGCAGCGCAGUUUCGAAAGGCGGUGUCUGACAUUAGAGAUAGACAGUCCAGAGGCUCAAAGCUCAAGGAAGGUAUACAGGCUUUGCGAGCGGCAUCUACGGGGUUGGCAGAGGGUGAUGAAUGCCACUGGGCGAGUGGUUUUCCACUCAACGUUCACCUCUACGAUAUGCUACUCAGAUCUCUGUUCGACAGCUUGGAAGAAGGCUCCUUUAUUUUUGAGAUCGACCAGAUGAUGGACCUGGUAAAGAAGACUUGGGGAAUUCUGGGGAUUACAGAGUUUUUGCACCAUGUGUGCUUCAUGUGGGUUCUCUUCCGGCAGUUCAUUCUAACGGGUCAGGUGGAAGCCGAGCUGCUGAGAACAGCAGAGGUGGAGUUGAGAGAGGCCAGGAGAUCUCAUCCCGGAGAGCCGUCCUUGCAAUCGGAUCUUCUUUCGUCGGUACUCACAAGCAUACAGGGGUGGUCCGAGAUGAGGCUACUUUCCUAUCACGUACACUUUACAAAGAAGGAAGUGAGGGCGAUGGACGGUUUGGCGUCACUCUCUAUUCUCGUGGACGAAGUGCUUAAUGAGCACGUUCUACAGGAAGCCGGAGAGAUCAAUAGCCAUAUAGCAAGACUUCGAUCAGAUGAAUAUAUCCAAGGAUCUGUACAAGCAUGCUUCACUCAUGUGUACAAUAAUGUGCUGGGCGAAUGUGGCCAAGUUUGCUCUACUGCACUAGUCGAGCUCGCAAAGAAUGUAGCUCAGCUUGCUUCGGAUGAAGAGGAGAACUUCUCGCCUAUAUUUAAGCAGUGGCAUCCGUGUCCAGCAAGGCUGGCCGCGUCUACAUUGCACACUUGCUAUACCCGAGAGCUAAAGUAUUUCAUGUCGAAGUCUACUGAGCCGACGAAGGAUGUGCUGCGAGCUCUGGAAUCGGCCGCCAUGCUGGAGAAGAAACUAAUGCGGAUGUGCUCGGAAAGCAGCUUGAAUUCUGGCGAGUUCACUCACGGUAGCUCAAUUGCUGCAGAUGCGGCAAUUGACAAGCUGGUAAGUGACUGGCUCGAGGAGAAUCUACAAAAGCUAGCGGAAUGGGUGCACCGGAAUGUCCAGCAAGAGGAUUGGAGUUCCGACGCUUUGCGAGAACACUAUGCGAUGUCUGGAGUGGAAGUAUUACGAAUGGUGGAGGACUUACUAGACGCAUUUUUUGCGCUUCCAGUAUAUGAGAACCCGAACUUUCUUCGGAAUCUUAUCUCUGGAGUAAGCUCGGUUCUGGAGCGCUACGCAUUUUUAACAGUGGCCGGAUGCGAGCCAAAGGAGGUUAAUUUAUUCUCGGAACGGAAAAUCCUGACGCCGUCGCUCCUCAAGUCAUCGUCGCUACUCAACAGAGUCGGCGAAGUUUGGAAGAAGAGAUCGGAGACACUGACACUGUACAGGAACAAAGUUUGGCCGCAGCUAAACGAGGCUGAUGCGGGUGACGACAUCGCCGCGACAGAUGUGGAGCACCUGUGCGUGCGCAUGAACACGCUUUACUACAUCGAGACACAGAUGGAGUUCCUGGAGAAGAAGAUCCGCUACGGGUGGCAGGAGCUGACAAGCGGCACCAAACUAGAAGCAAACGAAGACGUCAAGUUCUCGGGGGCCCGGCACUACUGUCAAAACGGCAUCCAGAAGCUCUGCGAGUUCAUCGCGUACCAGACGGUCUUUUGCGACAUGCGAGACAAGCACUGGGAGGUGAUGUACAGCAGCAAGCACUACAGGAUCAAGCCGGCCAUCGACUAUCUCAACACGCAGCUCUUGAAGGUGGCGGAGUCGAGCUCCGACUGGCUCCGGGACCGGCUAGUCAAGCACAUCAUGAAGUCCUCGUUUGAGGCGUUCGUCCAGGUGGUCUCGCACCAGAGCAAGCUCCACGCGGUGGAAGCUCCCGAGGUGGAGAUGUACGAGGAAGAGUUUGGCUACCUGGUGGAACUGUUCAAGGCCGGAGGAGAGGGCCUGCAGGACGACCUCGUGGACAGGACCGCGGAGCCAGUGCUGGAUUUCCUCAAGCUACUGCUCAUCAAGCCGGCAAAGCAAGAGCAAAUCGAGGCGGACGAAGAAGAGAGCAGGGACUCGUCGUCAUCGCCGAGCAGCGGUGGAGGCUUUAAGGCGGUGGUGGAUUUCGAGGCCAAUCUCCGGGUGAUGUUCACAAAGUCGUCCAAGUCGCCGCCGGUGCCGCAGGGUCUCCAGCACUUGACGAACACGAAUGUGCUCGCCACCGCGCUGGGCUAUCGCUGCCAUUCCAUGGCCUCGAAGUUCGUCAAGAAGUCCUUUGAUUUCUCCAAGGUUUGAGGAGAGCUGAGCUCGUUCUACAAAGAUUCAACGACAACGAGAUCGAUAGGAAGACAAAAGGAAGGAGAAAAAAAGAGAGGGAGGGAGAGAGAGAGAAGCUAGCAUUAAAGACCAGUGGUCUACUUGCCGACUAAAAACUGGUUGGAAGAAUCGAGGCAGUGGUCUUGUAUUGAAUUUCACAAGAACAAAACCAUCCCGCUCGUUGACUGGCCCAGUA